AUGUCUACAAAAACGCGAGUUGUCCCCGUCCAACGGCUCAGCGAAGGGCCCGGCGAUUUAUCUCUGGCGGAAUGGUGGGAGAAGGAGCGCAAGCAAAAAACGCCCGAGUCGCAAGCCAUCGAAGAAGCUGCCAAACUCCUCCGGUCUAGUGACAUUCCAGUUGCCUUUCCUACCGAGACAGUAUAUGGUUUAGGAGCCGAUGCCACGCGCAGUUCUUCGGUCCAGGGAAUCUACCGCGCCAAACAGCGGCCCUCAGACAACCCGUUAAUCGUUCAUGUCGACUCACUCGACAUGCUUGAGCCCCUAGCUCAACCAAGACGCCGCCAAUCGCCCUCCCCCCCGAUCUACAAGCCUCUGAUCGAUAGAUUCUGGCCCGGCGCACUGACAAUUAUUCUACCUAACCCAUCCGGAUCCAUACUGGCGUCAGAGGUCACCUCUAGCCUGACCACCUUCGGCGUCCGCAUGCCCUCUUCACCACUGGCACGCCUACUCAUCCACGCAGCCGACCGUCCCCUCGCCGCGCCAUCUGCAAAUGCAUCCACCAAACCAUCCCCAACAACCGCGCAGCACGUAUACCACGAUCUCAAAGACCGCAUCGACCUGAUUCUUGACGGCGGCGCAUCUGGCGUUGGCGUCGAAAGCACCGUGGUCGACGGGUUAUGUGACCCACCAGUGGUUCUUCGCCCCGGCGGCAUCGGCAUCGACGAAAUACGGAAAUGCGAAGGGUGGGAAAGUGUAGCAGUCGGCUACAAAGACGGCACGCUAGACGUGAAGGAGGUUCCACGCGCACCGGGCAUGAAGUACCGCCAUUACUCGCCAAAAGCACGGGUUGUUCUCUUCGAGCCGACAUCAAACCCGGCCGGAGUGAUGAAACAUGUCCUAAAGGACUUGAAAGAUACAGCCAUUGGCGCACACAAAAUUGGUAUUAUUCGCACGCGGAACUGGGAGCUCGGCUUGGGGCUCGCUUCGGAAGAUGACAUCGCCACGACCAUGAACCCCGUGCCUUCUCCCAUUGGGAACGUUGUCAGUUUCCCGGUUCCCGUGCUACAGGAUGGAAACUCAAGUAGCUGCACGAAGGUCGCAUAUGAUUACCAUCUUGGCUCGGAUGCAGUUUCCAUCGCGCAUGGUCUCUUUGCCGCCCUACGCGGGCUGGAUGAGCUUGAUGUGGAUGUUAUCUACGUGGAAGGUGUGUCAGAUCGCGAGGGUGACCUGGCUGCAGCUGUCAUGAACCGGCUACGAAAGGCUGCUGGUGCCGAACUGCGAGUUUAG